ACAGCAGCCAGUCGGUCCCUAGAUGCAGUCGAGUAGAGGGUUAUUUUUUUUUUCUCUUCCCCACGGCGGAUCCCUAAAAUGUGAGGAUAUUGUUCCUUUAGGGGAGGGAAGAGGCGAACCAGCAGCGACGAUAGGACGAGAAGGGUCGGAUGCAGUAGCAAGAUGCGGGUUCUCCACAGUCUUCACUUCGAACACGCUCUCUCUCUUUCCCCCCUCUCUCGGCUUUCCCCCUCUCCUCGCUCUGGCCACACUCCUAUGUACCGAUAGGCGAAUGGAGAAAGAGAUCAGGAGGCAGGAUUCACACAAGACACCAAGAUGGCGGUUCAACCCAGCGGUCCUUGUGGACGAAUUGCGGGUUUGGGGUAGCGGUGAAGAGAGGCGGGAGGAACGAAUGGGAGGAAAGGGUUGGCGCUGCAGCAACAACCAAGGCGUGCUCGGAAGGGAGGGAGUGGUGGUGGAUCUCUGCUCUCUCUCUCUCGCUGGUCGAUGGCACCGUAUCAUGCCGUGGCUACCACAUCCUGGCUCGUCCGAGUGUCUUU